AGGCCGAAGGGGGCAUUACGGUGAGGAGGGAGGAAAUAGUGCUCACCUGAUGCGGGUUACCCGAUGUCGAUCAACCCUGUUGAUACCAAGCAAAACCCCCCAAAAAAAGAAUGAUCUUCAAUCCUCUCCAGAUGAUCUGUCUUUUGUAUCGCACGAAGUUGCAAUGGUUGCUACUUUCUUCCUUGUUCUCUUUCUUCCCCUUUGUUUUCCUUGCUCUUUUAGGGCCCUUUUCGGUUUCUCCCGCACUGAAAGAAGUAUAAAGGGCACAAGCACGUCAACGGCGACCAGGGUCAAGUCAACUUGUCCACGAAGUAAUCAAACCAGGAAAAAGCAAAGUUGAAGAACAGCCAAUGGCUUUCUAUGCGACCACUACCAAAAACUAGACAGGUUGAACGAACAAAACAAACGGUAGUGGGUUACAG